UUACAGAGGCCGCCCUUCUGCCCCAUCAAAAAUCUGAGCCCAGAUCAAGCUGCCCGUCUGCCAGAGCAGAUCCGGGACCGAGGUGUGGACGUAGGAGUCGCCAUCUUGCUGCAGACCGCCAACAAGAAGGUCCUGCUGACGAGGAGAACCAAAACCCUGAACAUCUUCCCCAACGUCUGGGUACCACCAGGUGGUCACAUGGAGCCGGGAGAGCAGCUCCUCCAGGCCGGGCUGAGAGAACUCCAGGAGGAAACUGGGCUGGACCUGAGGAACGAGACUCCGCCCUGGAGGAUCCUGGGGCUUUGGGAGUCCGCCUUCCCCCCGCUGCUGAGUUGCGGAUUCCCCACCAGACACCAUAUUGUCACUUACCUUCUCGUCACCACCAGGGAGACCCACCAGGAGCUGCAGAGAAGCUCUGCCCAGCGGAACAGGAAGGUCAGCGCGUGUCUGUGGCUGGACCCGGAGGUUGCUGAGCUCAUAGUGGCAGCUCAGGAGGGAGAGGAGCAUUCUGGGAAAAACCUGACAGCCAUUCCAGACUCCAUUCCGAUCACAGAGGUCUGUGGGAAUUCUCUCUGUCAGAAGGAUCUGGACGUGUCGGUGUUGGUAGGCGUGGCCCCGGUGGGGGCGGGGAAGAUGUGGAGCGGCUGAGCACCGGCACCAAAUAUGCUUUGGAACUUUGGUUAGAAAAUCUGCAAGUCCAGGAAUAA